AUGCUCUGCGGCGCCGUGUGGUCCGCCGCGCCGGUGAGCCUGCGCGGCCUGGCGCCGCCGCUGCCGCCGCGCCCCGCACUGCUGGCUGCGCUCGUCAUGCACGCGCUGCAUGCCAGCGACGAAGACAGCUUUAUAGAGAAUGGUCUGCUCUCAUACGAGAACCCGAACUACCAUUUGGACCCGGCGCGCCUCGAGUCCGCGUUAUACGGAGACCUGUACGACGACAUGCACGACGACAAAAUGCCUCUAGACUAUGACUACCUUGACAAUAGGAGAGUGGAGGACGAAGCGUCUUCGCCUGUAAACAAAACAAAUGAGAAAAGUGGCCUAAUUACGCCGCCUCAACAAAAUGGUGGCGGGGAAUCACCCCCACCGGAGAAGGAGCGGGCCGAUCAGGAGGACUCAGAGAAGAGACACUCCAGCUCAGUGCCACAUUGCGCGGAGGGCCCGAACGAUGACCUCUACGCUAUUCCUGUCAAACUGCGACCGAAGAAAGAAACACUGCCUCCAGGAUGGGAGAAACACGAAGAUAAUGACGGUCCAUACUACUGGCACAUUAAGAGUGGGACGAUCCAAAGAGAAAUACCAAAAAUGCCGCCCAUAGAAGCGAGAGAGUCACGUAUAUCUAUGGUGCGUGAUUGCUCUAACUUAUCAGACGUUAAAUAUGAAGGUGCCAUGACCUCGUCCGUUACAAGAAGUACUACCAGCGGUGCUUUGGAUCAACACGAUCAAGAUACUGAAAGAAAACGUAGAGAAGAAGUCGCAUAUAAGCGGCGCAGUUAUCCGGCGCGUCCCGAGUCUGAUGGACGUGCGGUUCGAUUCUUCGUGCGUUCGCUGGGGUGGGUGGAGAUUUCUGAGGCAGACCUCACGCCGGAACGAUCCAGCCGCGCAGUCAAUAAAUGCAUUGUCGACUUGAGUCUUGGACGAAAUGAUUUGCUGGAUCAAGUUGGACGUUGGGGCGACGGAAAAGACCUCUUCAUGGACUUGGACGAUGGAGCACUGAAGCUCAUCGACCCGGAGAGCCUGAAUACCUUGCACACACAGCCAAUACACACCAUCAGAGUAUGGGGGGUCGGCAGGGAUAAUGGACGUGAAAGGGAUUUCGCGUACGUAGCGCGUGACCGCGUGACCCGCAAGCACAUGUGCCACGUGUUCCGAUGCGAGGCACCUGCGCGUUCGAUCGCUAACGCUCUGCGCGACAUCUGCAAACGUAUCAUGAUUGAGCGCUCACUGCAGCCUCCACCGCGCCCCACAGACUUGCCUGCGGCUAGGCGACCGAGGCCACUUUCUGGAGCAUCAUUCCCCACGCCAAUGGAGGAACCUCGGAAGACAGUUAGAGCGCGGUAUUUGGGCAGCGCAGAAGUUCCAAGAGCGACUGGUAUGGAUGUCCUUAACGAUGCACUCGAGAGACUGGCAGCAGCCAGAGCACCCUCCGCUUGGAGACCAGUAGCAGUGGCUGUGGCUCCCUCGAUGAUCACGAUUACAGAAGAAGGGGAAACCAAUCCGAUCGUGGAGUGCCGGGUGCGUUACCUAUCGUUCCUGGGUAUCGGGCGGGACGUGCGCCGUUGCGCAUUUAUCGUACACACGCCACAGGACCAGUUUGUGGCACACGCCUUCCACGCAGAACCAUCCUCCGGGGCCCUGUGCAAGACUAUUGAGGCUGCUUGCAAGUUGCGUUAUCAGAAAUGCCUGGACGCUCACGGCGGCGGUGCGGUGGGCGGCUGCGUAGGCGGCGGGCCACUGUCCGGGGAGGCCGCCCGCGCCUCACUGGGCCAGGCCCUCAAGUCCUUCGUGGGGUCGCUGACCGGCCGGCGGGCUUCCUGAGCAACUCCUGCAGCUAACUCCCAGCGGUCGUUAACGAGGAGCGCUUCCGCAUAACACACCCGCGCCGCAUGCGCUCCGCAGCCGCACCGCACGUGCCGCAUCCACGACGCACGCUGACUCCCGUGCAGCCGCGCCGAGCGCGAAACGCAUCCGCACCGCAGGGCACGCUUUCAGCUGCAUUAUAUCCUUACGAUUUCAAGAAUAUUAUCAAGGCGUGUAAUACAUAAAGAAUGAACUAUAGGUAACACCUAAAGCAGGACAUCCGCUAUUUUCGCGAACCUGAGUGCCUAGCGUGAGAUUAAUGAUGGAAAACGGUAUUGUCAAUGCUCUCAAUUGGUGCUCUUUGCAUUCCAUACAAAUCGUAGUUAACUUUUACGCGAUCGAAUAAGCAAGUAGACGAAAGUAGAAAAUCUCACACUGGGCACCCAACAUCCUCAUUUCCACGCUCUGAAUAUGUUUAUUUUUUCAAUAAACUUAUAAUAAAGGUACCCCUUAAUAUAUCGUAUAAGGAAAUCUACUGCAAUCAUGUUUGACCAAUGAUAUAUGGAAUCUCCAGUCUUCUAUAUGGAAUCAAUUGUCCAGAAAUGUAUAUUACAUUAAAGGCCAUUUUUAUAAUCCCCCAAUAAACUUAAACUGGUGGAAAAGUGAAUCUGGUAGUUUUAAUACAAUGGCUAUAAAAAAAAAAUUA